AUGGUAUACAAAACUCCUUUAGGUAUGUCUCCAUAUCAAUUGGUGUUUGGAAAGUCGUGUCACUUGCCGGUGGAGUUUGCCCACAAAGCGUUUUGGGCGGUGAAGAAGUUGAAUUUGGAUUUUCACUCGGCUAGAAAAGAGAGGAUGCUUCACUUGAGUGCUUUGGAAGAAUUUCGUGACCAAGCCUUUGAAAACUCUAGCAUUUAUAAGGAGAGGACGAAAAGGUUUCAUGACAAGAUGAUCCUCAAGCGAGAGUUUGCCGCGGGAGAUCAAGUCCUAUUAUUCAAUUCCUGUCUUCGUCUGUUUCCGGGAAAAUUGAAGUCGAAGUGGUCAGGACCGUUCACCAUCUCCCAAGUCUUCCCUAAUGGAACGAUUGAGUUGAGCAAGGAAGGAGGUGAGCCGUUUCGAGUGAAUGGUCAGCGAGUGAAGGCUUACUAUAGCCCGGAUCAAGUCCACACGGUGGACGUCAUUGAUCUUCAUGAUUGUUGA